AUGGCGUCUUCGAUCACAGAUUCUGUUAAUGGGACGAGCCGCAGGACGAACACAUGGCAGGGUCUCGGCGCCGCAGAAUUUGACUUGAGGAGCGAUACUAUGACGAAGCCAACCCUGUCCAUGCUUGAGGCUAUCACGCAGACUAGUCUACUCGAUGACGUGUUUGGCGAAGACUCCACGACGAAUUCUUUGCAAGAAUAUGUGGCACAGCGUACCCACCAUGAAGCCAGUCUCCUAGUUAUGUCCGGGACAAUGGGAAAUCAGAUUGCCAUUCGCACGCAUCUGGCACAACCGCCGUACUCGGUUCUUUGUGAUCAUCGUGCCCAUAUUCUUCAAUAUGAAGCCGGUGGAGUGAGUCUGUGGACAGGUGCUACAGUGUAUGGUAUUGUUCCGGCAAAUGGCCGGUACCUAACUUUGGAGGAUCUCCAAGCAAAAUAUGUUCCUCCAACGAACAUCCACUACUGCCCGACUAGGUUGAUUAGCUUGGAAAACACACUUGGUGGAAUGGUCAUGCCGCUCGGUGAGACUAGGCGCAUUAUCGAAUGGGCGCAUGCGAACAACAUUAAGGUCCAUCUGGAUGGGGCUAGACUAUGGGAGGCUGUUGUGACGGGGGCAGGGAGCUUGGAUGAGUAUGCGCGCCUGUUCGACAGCGUCAGUCUUUGCUUUUCUAAAGGGCUAGGAGCACCUAUCGGCAGCAUUAUCGUCGGAUCGAAGGAGUUUGUUGAACGGGCAAGGUGGUUUCGCAAGUCUAUUGGCGGCGGUACACGUCAGUCGGGAGUAAUCGCCUCCGCCGCCAGGGUAGCCCUUGACGAAACCUUUGGAACUGGCCCUAAUGGAGAAGAUGGUAAACUCCGAGAGACGCAUGUAAAGGCGAAAAGAGUUGCUCAAAUGUGGACGUCCAAGGGUGGGAAGCUGGCUGAUCCCGUGGAAACGAACAUGGUGUGGUUGGACCUUGCAGCCUCGGGUUUGGGAAAUAACGACAUGGGGGAAAUCGGAAAGCAACAGGGACUACAGCUUCUGGGGAACCGGCUCAUAGUUCACUAUCAGGUGUCGGAAGAGGCAUUGCGACGACUGGACAAGGUGUUCAAAAUUGCUCUCUCCGGGGAAUUUAUGCGCAGCAGUGACACGAACAAGCCCUAUGGCAGUAAAUAG